UACGUUUCGUCGGUGGAGAGAAAUAUAUGGAUUCAAAAAUUCGAAAGUCAUUCUGGAAAGUAUACGUCACAGAUAUCGUAGAUAUCACGAUGAGCAACGCUCUCUAUGAUAAUUUUGAUUGGCUAACCAAACACAGUUCAACAUGGAGUACGUUGAUACAGUAAAGAACGACGACAAUAACAGUUGUUGCAACUCGUCCCCAUGUUCGGAGCUCGCGUCAAAUCCAAAAUCCAUAGAAAAUUUGGGAACAGACACAAAGAAACUUACAACAGAGCAGGAAAACAACAUCAGUGAAUCACAGGAUACAACAGCAACUGCCUUGCAAGAACCGCCCACGGAGAAUAUAAAUUUUACAGUGAUUUAUAACAAACAGAAGAUUAGCGUGAAUUUUUCUUUAGAUGGUACAGUUGCCGAAUUGAAAACACAUUUGCAGAAAAUUAUCUCAGUACCGCAGGCAAUGCAGAAGGUUAUGUUUAAGGGAUUAGCCAAAGAUGAUCAGACUCUUAGGAAUUUGGGAAUAACAAAAGGUGCCAAAGUCAUGAUAGUUGGAUCUAAGUUAGAUGACGUAUUAGCUAUAUCAAUUCCAACAAAACAAGAUCUCAUCGAUGAAGCUGUUUCUUCGGUGAGCAAAGAACCUCUUUCACAACAGAAAGUGCACAGGAAAGUCUUAGAUAAAGGUAUUCCAGAAGAUGUGAUGCCGGGAAUACUAGAUAGCAAGGAACCUUUACCAGAAUUUCCAUUAGCUGGAAUGUUAAACAAGUCUGGAGGGAAAGUUAGAUUAACAUUUAAAUUGGAGCAAGAUCAACUUUGGAUUGGUACAAAAGAAAGAACAGACAAAAUACCUAUGAAUUCAAUAAAAGGUGUUCAUAGUGAACCUAUUCAUGAUCAUCCCGAAUAUCAUAUUAUGGCAAUACAAUUAGGCACUACAGAAGCAUCAAGAUACUGGAUAUAUUGGGUCCCGGCACAGUACAUAUCUGCUAUUAAAGAUGCUAUUCUUGGCAAGUGGUGUUAUUUCUGAUUGAUUUGCUGGAAAUUUCAAUUUCUGUGAAAGCAAAAUUAAAUCAAUUGUAAACAUUGAUACAAAUGCUGCUGUUCCAUUGACAUAAAAACUGUCAGCUAGUCACACACAUUUUUAACAGUAAGUAAUAUAAUUUAUUUUGAGUUGCAUUAUAUUCAUCGAGAAUAUCCAAUAAACAUAGUCUACCUUGCUAAGAAAAUAAUUUAAGUGACAGUAAGUUUUGAUUUAUUGGGAGAAAAAAUGUAAUCAUACUAUAUAUGCCAAUGUUUUAUAUUUUCAUAGCCAAGAUUUAAGUGUACUCUGAAUUUUCUACACAGCUGAAUGUAAGUUAGACAGUCUUUUACAUGAGAACUGUGAUUAGUGGAACUUCCAUAAUAAUGUGUUGUGAUAAUAUUAUAUGCGUCUUUGAAUAUAUGAUUAAAUUCUUUGUUUUUAUUUUAUCAAAGUGUCGUAUCUAUAGAUUUUUUGAAAUUUGCAAAUUUUAUUCUAAAUUUGUAAAAAUAGAUAAUGUGUGUGUGAGUGUGCAUGUGUAAGAUUGAUAAAACUAUUAUGAAAUAAAAAUGUUAUUUUGAUGUGAAUAUUAUGAUAUAAAAAUUAUGAUUGAAUUAAAA